AUGUCAGAGCGCCAGAAGGCGCGGGCGCUCGAGCUGCAACGCAAGAAGGAGGAGCAGUUGAAGCGCGAUCUCGCAGCCAAGGCGGAGCGAGAGAAGGCUGCGGCCAAGGCUGAGGAAGAGAGGAUCGAGGAGGCUGGGAAGCAAGCGCGCCGCCUGGAGUUAUUGAAGGCUAACAGCGCUUUAACACAAGCGGGGAGCAAGUCGGCGAGUGCAUUCGAGUACAACCCCUUUGCCGAGGACGCCGCACCUCCACCGCCUCCCAGCAAGCCUAUCCCCAAGCCUGCCGCACACCGGGCCGCGGCGGCGAACGCCUCUCGCGCUGCGUCCUCCUCGGGUUCUCGCUCGACCGGCGGCGGGAGCAGUUCUGGCUCUCGUGCCAGGAAGGCGUCGCCACCAGCACUCGGACGAAAGGAGAAGGCGGCGCUCAAGCUGCAGCGUGCGAGCAAGACGUCCAAGGUCGAGGACUCGCUCUUCAGCGUGCGUGCACUCGUGGACGGGGCAGAGGGCCACUCGUCCUCUCCUGCGCCGCGGCGUGCACCGCCCGCUCCCCGCCGGGCGUCUUCGGCCGGUGCUGGCUCUGGAUUGGCGCGAAGCGUGCCGGGCGCAAGCUCAUCGGGACCGAAGGGCAUUGCGGCGAUGAAGAAGAGCGUCGAUGUGUCUGGGCUGCGCAAGCUGUGUCCUGAUCGCGCUACGAGGGAUCGACGCACGAUCGACGAGAUCCAGCGUGACAUUCGUGCUCGCAAGGGCGCUCCCACGUCCACUGCCUCUUCUUCCGCGCGAGAUCGAGACCGCUACGGAGACCGGGACCGAGAUCGCAGCCGCGACCGGGAUCGUGACCGUGAUCGGGAUCGUGAUCGCCCAAAGGCCUCGUCGAGCAAAGCGCGCCGAAAGUCCUACUCGUCCGACUAUGACAGCGAGGACAGCUACGACAGCCCGCCGCGAAAGAAGCGUCGCGACGCGGUCGAGGAGCCGUCGCGUAGUGCCGUAUCGGCGAUGAUCCAAAGCAUGUUCUCGCGCGGCCGCGAGCCGAGGCAAGUCUACGACGACUAUGACAGCGAUGACAUGGAGGCCGGCCUCGAGGACGUUGAGGCCGAAGAGAGGCGGGCGCUCAAGCUUGCCAAGCUCGAGGAUCAGAAGGAGGAGGCGCUCGAGGCACAGCGCAAGGCCGAGAAGGAGCGCAGGGCGCGAGAGCGCGAGAGGGAGAGGGAGCGGAUCAUGCGGACAAGGUGA